UGUCUCAUUUUACUUCAUCACCACCAUGAUGUUUUGGGGACUAGAAAAAAAACUCCAAAAACUAUAUAAUGACUCCCCUCUAAAUUUCUACUACUGAUUAACAAUUAUGCCAAGUAUGAACAUUUGAUUUAAGUGUGAACUUCUGGGAGAAAAACGUGGAAAUAACUAAAUGCAAUUUUAGUCUGGACAUGGACAAUAAUAAAGAGUGCUAAAUAUUUAUCGAUUGCAAAAGUGUCAGGUGCAGUUUGAGUACAUGUCUCUACAAGGAACUGGAUGCUCACUGACUGAACAAGAAGGACUGCAUACUGUAAGAGGGUGUUGAAAGAUUGCGAAGUUUCUCGUUAAGAACAAGUGAACAUCAAGCAGAGCCAAAGAGACAGAGAAAGAACGAAGAGAGGAGAUCAGUUCUGACAUUCAAGAUGAAAGACUCGGCCUCCUGCUCUUUCUCAGUGCGUGUGUGCGUGUGUGUGUGUGCGCAGUGUCAGUGCUCCAGCGUACUACUAUUUGUGGUUCAAUCUAUGCCAGAGAUUUAUGUUACACUAUCUAUGAAAUACACACUGCCUGAAAUGUGUGGAUAUAUAAAACAAUAAAAAAACAAAACCUCUAUAAAAAAGCAGCUGUGUGAAUGUUGAAUGGCUUGGAGACAAAUGAAGUGUUUUUAGAUAAAAGAAUGGAUCCAUCUUUACAAAUGAUGAAUGAUCUUCCUUUUACUUUCUGAUUGGUGAAGUCCUGCUUCAUAUUCCUUUUGAAGUCCAAACUCAUAUAACUGAGGAAUCAUCAUUUACCAACCUAAGAGGUACCCAGGACAUCCGGAUUUAUAAACGCUCUACUGCUUUUAAACAUACAAUUUACAUAUUAAAUAAGAUUAGAAAACUUCACUCUGCCAGCCCUGGGCAUGCCCAGGCCAAAGGACAUGAGAGAUCCUAGAUUUCCUCCAGGGUAUCCUGACUCAUCUGAAUGAUGUAAGCACUCAAGAAAAGUCUGGAAAUGGCAUUACCAUGACGAGGAAGCUUCAGUAGUAAACUGUGUCUACAAUUUAUACUGCAUCCUGCAUCCGGACAACCCAACCCUUCCCAAACCAACCCAAACCAGCCCAGAGGAGCCCAGCUUAGUUAAGGGGUUUUCCUUCCUUUCGUCUUUCCUACCUUCUUUCCUUCCAGAAUACAUAGAGGUAAAGGGCACAGAGGGAGCAUGAUCUAUCGUCCACAAUCCUGGCUUACAAAACAAAAUGAGGGAUUUCCACUCCCAACCUUUUUCCUGAGGUCAACCCAACACAAGGCCACCUUGAUAAGUCCGGCUUAGCGGGGCACUCGAGUUUCAAUGCUCCACGCCGCUCUAAAAUGAAGUUAUGGAAAAAGGCCAUUUUUGCCUUUAUACUCUUUAGUGCUGCUUUCCCUCUCCUGCUCAUCGUAACAAUGAUACCCACUGAGUCCAUCAUUCCCUGGGCAUCAACUGUGUCUGUACAUCCUUCAACAAUAGCCCCAUCACCACCACCACCACCACCAUCAUCAUUUUUGCCCAAGGUGACCAGUCAUCAGCGGGUGGUCCGAGCAUCUGAGGACAUGGGUUCCUUCCUAUCUGAGUUUUCCUACCUGUUUCAGAGCUUCACUGAGAGUGAGCUGCAGAGGGUCAUCAGAUCACUAGUGGAGAGGAAAGUUGUGAGAAGAACCAAGCGGGCGAAAAACCCAGAGGCCUGCUCGUUGCACCAGGUGGUGGUAACAGUGAGUGAGCUGGGCCUGGGCUAUGAAAGCGAUGAGACAGUGCACUUCCGUUACUGCAGAGGGAAGUGCAACAGACGCCUCAGCAACUAUGACAUGGUGCUGAAAAACCUGAUCCUGAACAAGGCAACUGAGAAAGACACAGCCACUAAGGGGGGCGCUGCUACGAUCGAAAGCGCACCCUACAGCCGCUGUUGCCGGCCCAUCAAAUACGAGAACAUGUCAUUCCUUUCAUUCCUUGACAAUAAGGCAAAGUUCUUCACUGUUCCAUACGUGUCAGCUAGAAAGUGUGGCUGUGUGUGACAAUAAAAGGUUUGCUAAGAUGAUCACGCCAGUCAUGGGAUUAUCUAAGCAUACAUGUAUGUAUGGAUGGGAGCUUCAGAAAGAGGCUUGAGUCAAUUAGGUGGAAGUGAAAAGUGCACCAUAUCCAUGAAAACUGACUUAGAGAAUCCAUGCAUUUCAUAAUCCAAGCCACAGGUUCAAAGGUUGUGUCUGACACUCUGGCAGUGCAGAAGGUAGGAAGAUGGAAGUUUUGUGAUUAUGCUUUUAAGGGUUUCUGCAGAGUCAAAAAUGAUUUUGAGCUUAAAAGAAAAAAAAAAUGCUUUACUGAUUUGAUGGCUUGUAAAGUAGCAACCUUCAGUGCUAAGACACAACACUGGCCUUUUACUGAAGACAUGAAACUGUUACACCGAGUGGCAACUGCAAUAAUGAAAAUCCAGAAUAAUUUUAAAGAAGAAAUUUCCAUAUGGACUAAAGCAGUAUAGGAAAGUGGUGGGUUUUUUUUGUUUGUUUGUUUUUGUAACAAAUAAUAUCUGUACAUUCAAGUAUGAAGUUAUCCACAACUACCUCAUUUGUAUUUGGUUACAGAAAAAUGCAUCACACCAAUUCCCUUGUGGUCAACUAUUCAUUGCUACAAAUGUUUAAAAAGACAGUCUUCUCAGGUCAAAUACUGUAAAUAAUACCAGCAUGCACGGUUACUUGAAGUGAAAACCCAUCAACUUUCACUCUCAUUUCAUUUUCUCCAGCUUCUCUUAAAUUAAUUUCAUCCCCAAUCCAAAUACAGAGCUACUUCCUUGUAGUAGGUCAUGAACACUGUGAUGUCUGAGACACUUCUGUUGAUGUGAUAAAAUAAUUAUUAUAUUCACAUUCGCUGGAUAUGAGCAAUUGCACACUCUGAUUGGCUACUCUAUUAGUAGGCUAUCAGCUCAUAUAGCGUGAGUAGAGAAAACAAAAUGGCAGAGCGUGUUGCUGAACCAACCGAGGAUGAAAUAAAAACUCUUCUUGAAAACAAAACCCUAAAAAAUAAAAAAAAGCAAAAAAAUAUGGAAUGAAAGUAC